AUGGUGAAGUUGCUGCCAGCCCAGGAGGCCGCCAAGAUCUACCACACCAACUACGUGCGCAACUCACGCGCCGUGGGAGUGAUGUGGGGCACGCUCACCAUCUGCUUCUCCGUGCUGGUCAUGGCUCUCUUCAUCCAGCCCUACUGGAUAGGCGACAGUGUGAGCACGCCACAGGCCGGCUACUUCGGCCUCUUCUCCUACUGCGUGGGCAACGUGCUCUCGUCUGAACUCAUCUGCAAGGGUGGCCCUCUGGACUUCUCCUCUAUCCCCUCCAGAGCCUUCAAGACCGCCAUGUUCUUCGUGGCCUUGGCCAUGUUCCUCAUCAUUGGCUCCAUCAUCUGCUUCAGCCUGUUCUUCAUCUGUAACACAGCCACGGUCUACAAGAUCUGCGCCUGGAUGCAGCUGGCUGCAGCCACAGGCUUAAUGAUCGGAUGCCUGGUCUACCCCGACGGCUGGGACUCCAGCGAGGUACGGCGCAUGUGUGGUGAGCAGACGGGCAAGUACACGCUGGGCCACUGUACCAUCCGCUGGGCCUUCAUGCUGGCCAUCCUUAGUAUUGGAGAUGCUCUCAUCCUCUCCUUCUUGGCUUUCGUGUUGGGCUAUCGACAGGACAAGCUCCUCCCUGAUGACUACAAGGCAGAUGGGAAAGGUAUCUCUUCCUCUUGGGACUGUGUGUGGGUGGAGAGGUGGGUGGGGUCAUGGCUCUCACAAGUCGAGUGUGUCUAG